AUGGAAAAUAUUGAAAGAAUAACCAUUUUGACAAGAUCUUCAUCUUUGGAAGUUGAACCUGAUAAUCUAACAGAUGCACCGCCAAGUUAUCAGGAUGCAGUUUCUAAUGCAUCUUUACAGACUUCUG